AACAACAACAAUAAACCCAAUAUAAGCUGUACGGUAUUUGUAUACUCCCACCUUGUGGCCUUAGUAAGUCACUGCAGGCAAACCACAUUUCACAUAUAACCGCUGCACAGUGAAGGACGUCCUCAUUUUAAAGAACAUUUUAGUCAAUAUGACGGAUGAUCCAGGAAGCAGUAUGUCUGCCACUGUCACCAUGUCGUCAUCCGAAAAUGCUGCGUCACCACAAGAAGCCGAGCUGAGGAUCGUCAUGGUCGGAAGGACGGGAUCAGGGAGAAGCUCCUCAGGCAACACCAUCCUGGGUAGGUCGGCCUUCAGAGUGGAGGUCUCCCCCUGCUCGGUCACCACACGGUGCGUGGAGCAGACCGGGACAGUGUCCGGAAGGCGCGUCUCAGUGAUUGACACUCCAGGGUUCUUCCACACGCACCUGUCCGCCCAGGAGGUGGUAACAGAGGUGGGGCGAUGCGUCGCCCUGUCCCCGCCGGGCCCCCAUGUAAUCCUGGUGACGCUGCAGCCUGGCAGGUUCACCCAGGAGGAGAAGGACGGUCUGGAGUGGAUCAAGGCAACAUUCGGACCCGGAGCCGCGACGUUCACGAUGGUGCUGUUCACUUGGGGAGAUCAGCUACGAGGCAAACGUGUGGAAGACUGUCUGGCCGAGAAUGACGAGCUGUCGGCGUACCUCGGCAGCUGCCGUGGAGGAUUUCACGUUUUGGACAACAGCACGACCACAGCGAGCUCGCCACAGGUGGAACAUCUCCUGAUGAAGAUAGACAAGAUCGUGGCAGACAACGGAGGCGGUUGCUAUAGCGGCGACAUGCUCCAGGAGGCCGUGGAUGCCAUCAGAGAUGCUCAAGAGAGGAUCUUAGAAGGUGGGGCACACAGGUGGUUCCACAUGGAGCAUGAGAAGGAGCGCCACGAGGGGGAGUUAACGAGGAUGGAGGAGGAGGACGCCAGGAGGAGAGCGGAGAGGCUCUUCUGGUGCGAGCUGGUGACGGCGCUGGGAAAGGGGGCAGCGGAAGGGGCGGGGAUCACUGGCACGGACAAGGGAAAAGGGAAAGCCGUCAAGAAGGUGAAGGUGGUGGAGAAGGCGGCGGCGGCUCUCGUCACCUCGCCUUUCUCCAUCAGCUCGGCGGCAAAAGCGGUGGGAGGAGCUGUGAGAGAAGGAAGUAAGGUGCUCUACAAACACCGGAAAACAUUCCUACACUAGGAGACGCCGGAUUGCCGAGUGGUUAGGAUGAGAAGUCUACAUCCACAGAAGUGAAGAGAAAAGCUCGUACAAUGCUAUUGCUAUUUUAGUCAUCCAUUUUACCGCGCCCGUCUGCGGACGCCAGAUGUGGCUAGCCGUGAUGCAUAAUCGAUUCUAAGAAUUUUAACAUAAUUAAUAUUUGACAGCCCACAUAAUAACAUUCCAUGCAUGAACAUGGCUAAAUGAAGUCAACUAUAAGGCAUUCUGAAGACUCAUUCAAGGACUAGGUAAUAUGUAAUACUCUACGCUGGUCAAUAGGUGUCAGUGAUGUGACUGUAAUGUUUGGUGAAACACAAGAACCAGAUUUUACCUCCGGAAGAAUUUUUUUUUUUUAAUUACAUUUUCGGAUUAUGUCACAACAGGAACAAUAAUCCUGAACCUUGGCCUCCGUCCACGCCGCGGGAACACGUUAACGAUUUACGUUUACAAUGUCUACGAUGUCUAGAGUAUAAAGGUGACGAGGAGUGUUCUUUUAAUGUCUCGAGGGCUGUAAUAAAGUUCAGAAACAUUUAAUUACGAGAACAUUCCAUUUCUAAAUAAGGAAUAUAAAUUCACGGGUCUGGAACCAAUUAACCGUGAUAAACGAGGGAUUUCUUUAGUGGAAUCCAGCUGAUGCACUCAUAUCACUGGUAUGCUAUUAAAAUGGAAAAAAACUUUUUCUGUUCCCGAUACAGCGACUUGAUGGAAGUAGAUUUUUCAUUUUUGGCUUUAUUUCUGCUCAUGGAAAAAUAUUUAUCCCUUUUACACCCAAAAGGAAAAAGUAAAUAUACAAAAGCAAUAACAGACUUUCGCUACGUUUCAGUUCCAACAUCGCUUUGGCAAAUAUUUAAAAAUUAUUGUUGUUUCCCGGUUUACUACGACCUAUUAGUAAAAAAAAAAUACAUAAAAACAUUUCAUAUGUAGUAUAUACAUAGAUGAGACAUUACCUUACAUUACCUUAACACUGCAUGUAGUGUUAGUUUCCCACUCCGAGUGGAAGAGGUCAUGUUGUUCUUCCCUAAUCCUUUUAAAAACCCUUUCGUAGGUUAAGAAUAAAUAAAUUGGAAGCUAACUAGUUAGCUCCUUAGAAUGCUAUGCUAAAGCGGUGACCGUAGCCUGUGCAUAAGAGUUGGGCAAUGUGGUGUAGGAAAGAAUAAUAGGAGUGUAUAGGUGACUGUAGGGGUGUUAUUUCAUGUCUGUAGAGCUCUAAUAAUUAUAAUAAGUUUUUUAUUAUGAUCUAUUAAUAUAUGACUUUAAAUAAUUAUUAUUUAUUCUAAAUUAUUUGUACAAAUUACUGUUUACGCUGUACAUUGUUCAUAUUUGAUGUCAUAUAUUUAUUCUCCAUAUUAUUAUUUAUUAUUAUACAGGAGCCAGGCAACGACAUUUCGUUGGCAAUUUCACUGCUGUGUUAUUGUGCAAUGACAAUAAAGUCUAUCUAUCUAUCUAUGCUCCAAGUAUAAAAAUAUUAAAUUUAUAAAUUUUGAA